GGUUUCAUGAAUAUGAAGUCAAGAAAAGUCAGGAAGUACAGGAAGACUUUAAAUUCUGUCCCGGUUUUAAGGUGGAUUUAUCCAAUAAAAUAAAAGCUGAAUUAAUAAAUACUCAAGAAGAUGGUGUACCUUUACAUCCUAUUGGACGCCGAUUAUAUAUUGAUCGUGAAAGUAUGGACAUGAAAUCAUUAGAAAUUUUGAUUAUACAUGGAUUAAAAAUGGAAGAUGAACUUUUGGGACCAUUUCAAUCAUAA